AUGUUCCUCAACCUAAUCAAGGGCCUCGAAAAAAAUGAGGCCAAAGAAGACGUAAUCAGCGCAAACAUUCAAAAAUUGCUUGGAGACAAAACAUACGAGAAGAGGAAAAAGGGUGCGCAGGAAAUCGCAGAGGUUGUGAAACUUUUGCUACUAAAGGAAAAGGAAGAUGAACAGGUACAGGUGGAUUACAUACUCAAUGAAUGUGACCAAGAUGGAGGCGUGUCAGAUGAAUACAAUAACCUUGCGCAAAAGGAUGUGCACAUAUUUGAGGGGUUGAAUUCGCAGACGGAGAUCGACGUAGGAAAUAGUGAACACUACUUUAGGGACUACACGGAGCAGGGGAAAAGGACUGACGAGGUCAUCAGUGCAGAGCAGGGGAAGAGGACAGACGAGGCAAGUGCUGAGGUGACUGCGGAGCAGGAGAAGAGGGUCGACGAGGUCAGCAUGGAAGAGGACAAUAACCAUCGGGAAAAAAAAAAAUCAGGAGAAGUGGAAAAGAUGAACACCCUGCUGAAGGAACCCAGUGAAGAGAAGCUCCUCUUGGGGUCCGAAUUAAUAAAGAAACUCCUCCUGGAGAAAUACCAAGAGAACUGCGAUAUUGACAUGGCCAUUGGGAAAUCAACGGGUCUGUUUAACGGAAAGUAUGAACGAGGAAUGUCCGCUAUAACACCCGCAGAGAUGAGCCAAAUGGAAAAAAGAAGAAAAAAAAAAAUGAACAAGUCAGGCAGAUCAAGCGGGUUAAGUCAACUGAGUCAGGUAAACAAAAUAUUGUAUGAACACGAUGUUGACAUAGAGAACGUUGCGAAUAAAUACCAAAACAAAAAGGUGAUGAGCAUAAUAAAUUUUUUGCAGGAAAAAUUUGUACAAAGUAUAAAUCCCGCGGAAAGGUGUGGAGGACUCAUAGCCUUGGCCUUCAUCUCGAUCACUGUGGAUACACAAAUAAAAUUUUAUUUCUCUUCUAUUUUGAAAUUAAUUGUAUCAUGUGUAAGUGACCCGGAUCCCAAAGUCAGAUAUUAUGUGUGUGAAAGUCUUUACAAUCUUUGCAAAGUAUCAAAAAGUGUAGUCUUUUAUUAUAUCGAAGAUAUUUUUGAUUGUCUCUUUCGUAUCUGUUCCGAUACCUGUCCAAAUGUUAAAAGUGGAGGAGCCUUUCUUGACAAUUUAUUAAAAGACCUGACUUGUUCAUACAAUAAUGUUUUUAAUAUUUACAAAAUUAUUUUUAUUUUAAAAGAAAGAAUUAGUAUAGAAAAUUCAAACGCAAGACAGGUUAUCCUAUCUUGGCUCCUUCUCUUUCAGAACAUCAAAACGGUUAACUUAUUUGAGUAUUUCCAUUUUUUUAUUAGUGAUCUUUUUUAUAUGUUAGCAGAUCAAAACAGAGAUAUUCAAAAACAAGCAAAUCAAUGUCUCGAUUUAUAUGUAGAUCAAAUUAUCACUUCAAAUUAUGAACAAGUCAGGUCAUUUUUUAAACAUAUUGCUUUUAUUUUUAUUGAAUUUUGUAUACAUAAAAAUACAAUUAUAAAGCAUAAGUGUCUUCUUUGGCUUUAUCAUUUUAUUCAAAUUUUAAAUGUUCAUUUUUAUCACAUAUAUAGAAAUGAAAAGAAGAAUAAUUUGUUCAUUUGUGAAUUAAUUAAAAGAGUCAUCGCCUGCACAGCUCAUUUGCAUUUUGAUAUCCACUACACUGCUAGGAAGUGUAGCGAGCUUUUGAUCAGCUAUGUUAAAUUUUCGGAGAUGAAAUGUGCGCCUCUUUUGACCAAGCUUGUGUGUACCAUUAUCUGCAGCACCAUCAACAAGGUUGAGCUCUCCGGGAGGAAUGAAGUGAGUCAGGCGGGCGAAGCGGGAACAGCAAAUCAGACGACGAGAGAAUCCAGGCACUCUCUGGAGGCCCAUCGUGCGAGCGAAGGAAACUCACUACGAGAAAUUAACCGCAGGUGGAGCAAACCGCUCCAGCUGAGCAGGCGUGCCAAGGGGGGUGCUGAGAAUACCCCACAGAGGAGAAGCCAAGCACAGAGUGAUUACACCCUUGAGGGGAGACGCCAAACAAGGAAUGAAGACACUGUGGAGGGGAUAAGUGAACUAGGGAAGGACCCCUGUGGACAGAAACGCCAACCGAGGUGCGAACCCAAUGGGAGCGAAUCGGGGGAGACCAACGUGGCUGGCAAAACAAAUAAAGCAGAUUAUGUAGACGAGUCAAAUGGGGCAGAUAAUACAAACGAACCGCACGUGCUAGAAGGCGCACGUGGUGGAGGAAGCGAUGACUUCAGCUACGAGUCGUACAACCUGUUUUACCAGGAGGGGGACUCCUCAGACGAGGAUAAAAGCAAAGAGGGCGUCCCUGUGACGGAGAGUGGCCAAGAAGUCGCGCGGGCGGACACGCCCCCCAAUGGCGUACAAGUCGAAGACAUCCACACGAACGAACAGCAGAAGGAGGAGGGUGAGGGGGAGGCCCCUCCCCGGCGCAACAAUUACAGUGCAAAAUUUAUGCAGAAGCAUGAGAGGUUGAUGAGCGAACUGAGGGGGAAGAAAAUUCCUCUGCGGGAUCCCCUCAAGACGGAAGCAUAUUACAUUAGGAAGCUCGCUAAGCGGGCAAGUCGCCACGGGUACGUCAGCGAGGGGGAGGGCACAGGUGCAGUUAGAGAUUCAGCUAGAGCUUCAUUCAAAGCUUCAUUCAAAGCGUCAGGCGCGGGUGCAGGCACAGAUGCAGAUAGGGAUGCACACCUAAGUGGUGGUGGAGACGCGAAGGGAGGUCCAGACCGCCGCGUUGACCCCGCCUCCGAUUUUGAGGAAGACAUUUUCCACGACAGCCUGGACAAGCGGAGCAUCUACCCAGUGAUCAUCUGCCUGCAGUGGUUGAUUGAAAUUCUUAUGUACAAAAAUGAAGUGAUAAAAAAACACUACGAUGAAAUAAUCACCUGCGUAUUCAAGUGUCUUAGAAAUAAUGACAAGCAGGUGGUACUGCUGUCCCUAACGGUUCUGUCCGCCAUGUGUUCAACUGUAGACAAUAAAUUUCAUUUUUAUGAACAAGUGAGUAACAAUUUAAUUGCCCUGUUUCGCAACGAUGAUCAGUUAUUAAUACACAAGGGGAAAAUUAUCGUGCAACACAUAUCACGUUGUUUAAAUAAUAAGAAAUUUUUUGCCUACCUCUCCUAUUCCUUAAUCCAUGAAGAAAGGAUACCCUUUGUUACAAAAUUAAUUCAGGUCUUAUGUUGGGUCCUUCUAACAUCAGAGGAAACUAAGUACUUACGAAACGCUCUCUUUCUUAAGAAGCAAUAUUCCUUGUUCUCCUUAAUUUUAAUUUCCUGGUUGAGGAAUCCUAUUUCUGCCAUUUCAUUUCUUCUAUGGUUACAAAAGUAUAAGUUGGCUUACCUCAUCUGCUCCUACUUGUCCUUGUUGAACCUCAACGCUGAUUUUUUUCAUCAACUAGAUAACCUAAUUUUUCUUUUAGAGUCUCCUAUUUUUUCUAAGCAGAGGAUCCACCUAGUGUACCCUCAGAACUACCCCUUCCUAAUUAAGUCCCUCAUGAUACUCUCCUUGAUGUUGCCACUGAACACUUCUAAUAACAUUUUGCAGAAGAGGCUUCAAAUGUCACAGCUCUCCAUUUUGACUAACGACCAGAAGGUCCCGCACUUCCUCGAUGCGCACAACCAUAACGGGUUGCUCAACGAGGAAGACAUUGCCACUGUUAAGGGAAACGACCAGGGUGGGGACCAUAAGAAUGGUGAACAAAAUAAAAAGGGUCAGAUGGACAGGCCACCCUUAAGCCCAGCCGAGGAGCAGGACUCAACACAAACAGACCAUGUGGUAGAAUUGCUCAAAAUGGAAGAGGAAGAAGAAAAAAAAGAAUAUAACCUUAUCGAACUUACAGAGGAAGAGAAGUCCACGGAAGAGGCCAAGUGGAACGACAAAUAUAAUUACCUCUUGAGUACCGUGCGCCAGAAGCUGGUCACCGAGGGCCUGCCCGACCAGGCCACCGACGAGUGCACCGAGUUUGUGAAUAUCUUCAAGACGGUCCUCCGCUCCAGCAACAUUGUUAAGUAUUACGUCUAG